AUGGAUAUUGGAAAAGUACUUCAGCAAGCAAUAGAUAAUGUUUUAAUGAUUCAGAGUGGCUAUUUGACCCCGGCGGGUCUCACUAGCAUAUCAAGCUAUGGCAUUCCUUUCCAAGUCCCCAGCGGUACCGUAGCACUCUUCCAAGACCCUAACUUUCGAGGUGCGAGAUCCGACCUUCGUCUCAGUGAUUACACAAUCAACCAGCGCCAUGUAAUUCCAAAUGCCAAUUACGACAGCGCGAGCGUGAUCCUAUACAAUUUACCGACGAACACGGUCGUGACCUUGAUAUCGGGCUACAAAAACGACGAAAAUAAAGUAGCCAAUCUUAAAGAUUGUGACACAUGCCUUGACCUAGUUGGCACGGGGAAGACGGCUUCAAUCGAACUAUGGUCCCUUGGCAUCAAUGACGCGGUAUCUAUGUUCUUCUGGCGAACCGUAGAUCUUAAUAUGGGCGCCAUCGAGCUUUUCGCCGAUGGCAAUUUUACUGGCAGACGUUCGACAAUCUUCCUUAGUGAAUGGGCCCCUGACACGGUCCACUCACUCAGUGGUUGGUCAAUCAACAAUUCCACAAGCUCCAUGCGCUGGCAUUCAAUGAAAGAUCGACAAACGGCUGUAGUGUAUGAUGGCGCAGACGGUACUGGGUCAUCAUACUCGAACAUCAAGGGCUGGGGCAUUAAGGAAGUCCCGUACAUGUGGGAUGUUCGCUUCAAUGAUUGUAUUAGCUCGUUCAAGUGGAAUAGCAUCGUCCCUAAGAAAGAAAUUAUUGAGCCAUUCAACGUUAUGGCAAGCAAUUCAUCAAACGCCUUUGGAUUGACUGCUGUGAAUGAGGGGGUCAACAACAGUAGUGAGGUGCAAACUAUCUCAGUCUCCCUUAAUAAUUCCACCGCUCAGACUACUACUGUUGAGACCACGGAUCAGCAUGUAGCAGGGGUCUCAGCAUCAUUCACUCAGACAGCUUCCGCAGGGGUCGAGGGCGUCGCAUCAACCUCGACAUCAUGGACAGUAGCAGUUAAUUAUUCCUAUACACGUACCGAUACCAGAUCAACCAGCGAAACUAAAACAAUUGAUUUGAAUAUCACACAAUCUGUCAAUGCACCAGCCCGAACGAGGUAUAAAGCUACUUUAUUGGUAACCAUCGGUCGCCUUCCUGCUACCGAGUAUAUCACCACAGCACAACGGUGGUAUUCAGAGCCAGUUACCGGUAGCGUGAUAGAUCCCUCGAACAACAACUGGUACAAGCGAACUGAGGAUGUGAGAAUCAACAUUUCGGGUAGCCUGGCAUGCACCACCAAUGUAAAUAUUCAAGCAACUCCGCUUUAA